AUGAAGAGCCCGGAGACCGGGACACCUCUGCCUUCUCCACACAUGGAAGCGCGCCUCCAGCCCACACUGGUCCUGACUACCCUAAGUGCAGCCUUCGGCUCAGCCUUCCAGUAUGGCUACAACAUCGCUGUGAUCAAUACACCUCACAAGGUGGGCACAAGCAGCGGGUGGGGUCCUGUCUUUCAGGUCUUGAAGUCGUUUUACAACGACACGUACUUUGAGCGGCACGGAACGUUCAUGGACGAGAAUACGCUUCUGCUCCUGUGGUCCUGCACGGUCUCCAUGUUCCCUCUGGGAGGGCUGUUGGGCUCCUUGGUGGUUGGCAUGAUGGUCAAUAAGUGGGGCAGAAAGAGAACCCUGUUGAUCAACAAUGUCUUCGCUAUAACCUCCGCCGUCCUGAUGGGAGCCAGCAAAGCUGCCCGGGCUUUUGAGCUGAUCAUCUUCUCUCGAGUGAUGGUGGGAAUCUGCGCAGGUAUCGCCUACAGUACUCUUCCCAUGUACCUGGGAGAACUGGCUCCUCAGAACCUCAGGGGUACAUUAGGGACAAUGACGGAGGUAUUCGUCAUCUUUGGAGUCCUCUUGGCUCAGAUCUUCAGCCUGCAGACCAUCCUGGGCAAUGCCACGGGCUGGCCAAUCCUUUUGGCUCUCACAGGGGUCCCUGCACUGAUUCAGCUCCUCUCUCUGCCCUUCUUCCCUGAGAGCCCCCGCUACACUCUGAUUGAGAAAGGAGACGAGGAGACCACAAGACAAGCUCUAAGGAGGCUGCGAGGUCACAGCUACAAUGUGGAGGCUGAGAUGGAAGAAAUGCGGACAGAGGAGCGCACCGAGAAAGCCGAGGGUCGCCUGUCCGUGCUCAACCUCUUCACCUUUCGGCCCCUGCGCUGGCAGCUGAUCUCCAUCGUUGUGCUCAUGGCAGGCCAGCAGCUGUCCGGGAUCAAUGCGGUCAACUACUACGCAGAUAUCAUCUACACAUCGGCUGGUGUGGACCCCACCCAGUCCCAGUACGUGACUCUGGGCUCUGGUGUCAUCAACUUGGUGAUGACUCUCGUCUCGGCCUUCAUCAUAGAGCGUCUGGGACGGCGGAUUCUCCUGCUGUCUGGCUAUGGCAUCUGCGGCUCUGCCUGCCUAGUGCUGACGGUGGCACUCCUCCUUCAGAGCACGGUCCCUGAGCUGUCUUAUCUUGGCAUCAUCUGUGUCUUCUCCUACAUCGUGGGACAUUCCAUAGGGCCCAGUCCUGUCCCCUCCGUGGUGAGGACAGAGAUCGUCCUGCAAUCCUCUAGGACAGCCGCCUUCACAGUGGACGGGGCUGUGCACUGGCUUACCAACUUCAUCGUGGGCUUAACGUUUCCAUCCAUCCAGGUGGCCAUCGGGGCCUACAGCUUUCUCAUCUUUGCUGGCAUCUGUCUCCUCACUGCCGCUUACAUCUACGUGGUAAUCCCUGAGACCAAGGGCAAGACGUUCGUAGAAAUCAACUGUAUUUUUGCCAAGAGAAACGGAGUGGAGGUUUCAGAGGAGAAGGAAGUAACCACCGCCAAGCCCCACACACCUUCUCUGACAACCAAGCAAACAUCCCUUUGAUGCCUCUGAGGACCCAUACAUAGUUUCUUCUUUGAGAAGGGCUCUCGGGGACCAGUCCUUCAGGGACGGAGACAGCUCUGAGACUUUGGUGCUCCCAUAGCAACUGGAAGACUUUGGAAAACACAGCCCCCCCCAUAUAGGCUGAUGGGGACUUAGAGGAGGGUUGAUUGAUGGGAGCUGAUUCUCUGAUUCUAUAUUUUUGAUUAAUUAAUUAAUAAUAUAUUAACUAAUAUAUUAUUAAUUAAUAUAUAAAAACUAACAUGAGGUAUAGGUUCAUGUUUUCAAAGCUAAAGCUUUACAAGUUCAGGGUCUUAGCUUCAUGUUACUAUAAGAAAAUAAUCGGGGCAAUUGACUGACUUAAAAAAGAUAGGCUGGGGGGUUGGGGAUUUAGCUCAGUGGUAGAGCGCUUGCCUAGGAAGCGCAAGGCCCUGGGUUCGGUCCCCAGCUCCGAAAAAAAGAACCAAAAAAAAAAAAAAAAAAAAAAAGAUAGGCUGGGCAGUGGUGGCGCACACCUUUAAUCCCAGCACUCAUGAGUCAGAGUCUAGCGGGUCUCUGAGUUCAAGGCCAGCCUGCUUUACAGAGUGAGUUCCAGGACAUCCAGGGCCACACAGAGAGACCCUGUUGUAAAAAUAAAUAAAUAGGGGCUAGAGAGAUAGCUCAGCAGUUAAGAGCACCCGACUGCUCUUCCAGAGGUCCUGAGUUCAAAUCCCAGCAACCACAUGGUGGCUCACAACCAUCUGUAAUGAGAUCUGAUGCCCUCUUCUGGUGUCUGAAGACAGCAACAGUGUACUCGCAUACAUGAAACAAAUAAAUAAAUCUUAAAAAAAAAAAAAAAA